UUGUCUCUCUUCAUAGUUCUCUGAAUUGGGCUGACAAUUUGAACUCCACAAGAAGACAUUCAUGCAUCGUCAAUUUCUUAAUAGCAUUGCCUAGGCUUAGUAGGACCUGCCUUAAAGGUUGAAUAAAGUUUAAUUUACUCGCCAAGGCGUUGAUACUUCUUAGCAUACGCUCUAUUUAAAAAAUACAUUAUCAAAAUUUAAAAGGUCGAAAUAGUCUGACCUGUUUUCUAGUUGAAAAUAUAAUCUGUUUGAUGAAUAUGUAUAGAAUAGUACAAUGAACUUUAUAAUCCUCUCUAUUCUUAGAUAAGCAGACUCUUAAAUUCAGCCAUGUCUUUAAUAUAUUGUAGCUGUCUUUAGAAAAACACUUCAGUGAGUUUUUGAUUCGCUCUGAGUAGAGAACAAUAAUUCCAAAUGAGCAGAAUAAUAUUAUAUACAGCCUUAUUUCUGGUUGCUCAAGGAAUAUCUUUUGCAGAAUCGGCAAUUAUUGAAAAGGCUACUCAAGAAAACGAGCUUGACGAACAAUGCAGCGCGUACUCUUAUAAAUCAGUAAAGCCAUUCAUAGAUUAUAUACAGCAUGUUAAAGACGGACUUGACCAGUGUGAACUAAAGAAUAAGGAAGUAAAAGAGUUAAAAGAGAAAAUUGUUCAUCAGGAAUCCAAUGAAGUGAUUAUUAAAGAAUUGAGGGCUCAAAUUGAAUUUCAGAAAGAAAUAAUUCGUAGUCAAUUGGUGCAAUCAAAAAGUGCUGUGAAUUACGAUGAACUGAAAUUCAAAAUAGUGUUUCAAAAUGAUAAGCUAGAAGAAUACGAAAAUCAGCUCCAUACGUUGAAUGAAACUCUAGAGGAAAAGAAUGCCAGCCUAUUACAAUGGGAAGAACAUCUCAAUGAGAUUAACCAAACUCUCGCUGAGAGGAAUGAUGAGUUGGUGAAAGAAAAGAAUAAUUUGCAAAUAUGCAAUACAAAUGUUGAUAAGUUAAAGGAGUUAAAUGAGAAUAGCGUUUGUGUUGGUGGUAUUCCUGUUCCCCGUCCAAUAAAUGUAGAUGGUUAUGGUUCAUUCGACGUGUUGUUCGAUAAUAAGACAGCUGGACCUGGCUGGAUUGUAAUUCUGCAGAAUAUAAAUGGUAAAGAAAGUUUUUUCCGCGAUUGGGCGACGUAUUCUGCAGGCUUUGGUUCCUUCUCGGGCGACUUCUUUCUAGGCUUAGAAAAGAUUCAUCAACUAACGAACUCGACACGCUAUGAGCUUCUCAUUCAAAUGGAGGACUAUGAUGGAAGAGUCAGCAACGUUCACUUGGACAAUUUUAGAGUUGAUGGCAAAGAUAAUGACUAUAUAGUGAGCAGUUUGGGUAAUUAUUCUGGGCAAAACAAUAAUCAAUGCAAGUACUCAAAGAUUGACGAUGAUACUGAUAUGUGGGAAUAUGUAAACUGCAAAGAAAAUUAUCGCGAAGGCGCAUGGUACGCAGAUUGUUUGGAAAGAAAAACAAAUGAGUACUUCCCGGUGAAAGAGACUGAAUGGGGAUUACCAAAUACUUGUUUGUACGGUUCACCGACUCUCGCCUCAUCCAAAAUGCUUAUACGCAGAUACAAAUAUGAUGAAACUAAUAAUAAAUAAGGA